AUGGGCGCCAUCCGGCUGCUGCUGGCCAUCGGCCUGCUGUGUGCGGUUGGCGGCGCGCAGGCUGCGGGCAAGGACUCCAAGCUCUACGACUGCUCUCGCCCCUGCCCCAAGGCGGACUUCAACUACAAAAUUGCGGUUGAGAUCAAGCCGACCGUCAUCUUGGGGUCCCCGCUUUACUACGUGUCCCGUCAGAUCACUGGCGCAGACGAGCCCGACGACUGGGUCCUGGCCCCCACGCUUCAUGCUGAGCCCGGCAAGAGUUUCUCUGUGAAGAUCAGGAACAAGAUUAGCAGGAAGCUGAGCAAGCUGCUGGGCCCGCCCUCCCCCAACCGCACCGACUAUGUUCGCGAAGCCAACCCUACCGAUGGGCCCUACUCUGCUGCCAAGCCCUACGGCUUCCAGUUUGUGGGCGAGCAGCCCGACGCUGGCAACGACAUGUCGAUUGUGGGAAACAACAAGGCCUAUGCUAUCAACAUUCCCCACCAGUACGAUGCCACCAACAUCCACUUCCACGGCCUCACCAUCACUCCCCAUCUGUUUGAGCCUAUUGGGACUGACGAGGCCAAGGCCGACUUCAUCAAAAUUGCCCCGGGCGAAUGCUACUGCUACAGUUUCACCCUGCCAGAGGACCACCCGGAUGGCACCUUCUGGUACCACAUCCACCACCACGGCAGCGCAGCGCUGCAGUCCUGGAGUGGCAUGGCGGGCUUGUUCAUUGUCAAGGGCCCCACCGACGAGGUGCUUGAGGAGUACAGCAAGAAGCAGAUGCAGUCCUCGGUGCCGUUUGUGAUCUGGGACCCACAUACCGUCCCGCUUGAUAAGAAUCAUUCCGCGUACACUUUGGUUGCCACUAAAAAGGCCGCCGAUAAGUACAGGGAGUACAUCCAAGUGGGCGACUUCCUGAGCGACCAGAACGACGCAGACAAAGCUUACACCCUUGUCAACAAUGCCUUGGUUCCCAACAUGACCGCCGUGGCUGGCCAGACCAUCCGCUUCAGGGUUCUGUGCGCCACCACAGAGGCCAUGUGCAUGUUCCGCCUGGUGGACAAGAACGGCAAGCCCCACCCGUUCUACGACUUUGCCAGUGAUGGCAUCACCCAGACUGAGGCCAUCAAGCGGUACCAGCUGAUCCAGGCGGGCGGCUACCGUGAUGAUGUGCUGGUGCAGAUCACGAGGCCUGGGAAGUACAAAUUUAUUCAGCAGGCCCUGAGCAACAUGCAGUUCUUUGGCAUGGGUGGGUGA